AUUGACGGGAAAAAUAUGAAUAACGCUAUGAAAGAUUUAAAGUAGCACAAACGUAGGUUUAACGAAUACUUUAAAUAAAUGUGCUAUUCAUUCAUUACACAGUGUGAUCGGUUUAUCUCUUAACUAGUUAAUCAUUGUUUAAAGUUUGUUAACGGAGUUGUGGAAUUAAAAGCUAAUAUGGGAGGAGUAACAAGUCUCUAUUCUUCUUCUGCAAAAGACUCCUUUACGACCGAUGAUGUCAACAAUGCAGUAAGGGCCUUCCAGCAUGAACUGACCGAGGACGAUAGAAAACUAUUUAACUUUGCAAAGCAAGAACUAAGUAAGGAAGUGGCUAAACUCAGUAUUCAGGAUGCGACAAUUUGCAUCGAGUUCAAGGACCGAGAAUUCCUUAAAAUAAGUAAAGGAGAAAGCGAACAACAAUACAUUCGCAUUGCAAAAGACGAAGACGCAGGUUUUAUAAUGAGAUGGGAGAAGCAAGGGUGGAGUAGGUGGGUGUACAGCUCAAUUCAAGAAAUAACAUGGGAAAGUUUUCAGAAUGCAGUAAAGUUGAUUGGUCCUCCUUUGCUUGCAAUUGCUUUCAAUAAAAAAGAUUAAGCAACUUCGUCCGCAUGUCUCUGACAUUUUGCAAUGUGUACCAAUCUAUAUGAUUCUGUAAAAUGAAGAGUUAUGAAAAUGAUGAAACGAUAUUGUCAAUGAAAAAAGAGAACACGAUCGGCUAUGAGAUAAAUGUAUUAUUUAUAUCUCUUCACCUCAGACUAAAAUAUUCUAAUUAUGAGCAGUACAUAUUAUCAUUAUAUUCAUUAACCGUAAUACACAUUAAGAUUACAAAACACAAUAAUUUAACGUCAUAAAUCAUUGUGGGAUAGAACCAAAGAAAAUAGCUUUACUCAUUUGGCUUAUGGGGAUGACAUAUUUUAUGAUCUGAUAUUUUAUAGUUGUCAUCCCUCUAAGCUUUACCCGUAUCUGCAUUUUACUGUUAGGCUUACUUGUUUUAAUAAAUUAAACAUAAAUGUGCAUGUAAAAACUUCAAAUGGGUUGAACUUAAUUCAUAAUUUUAAUCAAUAGACUUAAGUCUUCGAAAAUAUGAUGUGACAGGUGCGAGAAGAUAUCUACCUUGACACUGGUUUCAAUAAACAACAUAAGUUUACAAACAAAAUAACUGUAUUGUUUUUGUAUUUCCAUGAUACUUCUAUGAAAAAUGUAAGAUAUACAUAACGUAUUUAGUUUUAAAUUGACAGUCACAUAUAUUAGAACAAGGCAAUGUGUUUGAUUUCUUGACUUAUUUUUAUUGAAUUAAGGUGGCAGUGUGUACAGAAAUCAGUGUAUAUAGUUAAAUUUCGAUCACAUUUGUUUCUGCAGUGUAAGAUAGUAAUUCAUCCGUUUUCUUAAAACUAUGCUGAAAAAGGACCGACUGAAUAAAUUUGCAGAUGAAAUUGUGAAACACAUUUAUUCCGGAAGGGACCUAAAUUGUUCACCUAAAAAACUUGUAGUGUAACUGUAUAUUGCUUGUAUUAUAAGACUGAAUGUCAAAAAGUAUGUCACUAGGUCGUGGUGGGUCUUUUAUUAUUCAGUAUGAUUCAAUUUUGUUUUUGUAUGUGGAAUAACGAUUAAUUAAAGUAAAAUAAAACGUAUCACAUUAAUAUUCGUGAACGUACACAUGUAGUGUGUAUUUUGCAGGUGUGGGUUAGAUAUCCGACAAAAUAGCUCUGUUUUGUUGUUGUCAUUUAUAACACAUUUUCAUUCAUUUUGUCUUAUGCGAGAAACAGAAAAAAAUAUUUUUAAGUCUGUUGCGUAUUGUUAUAUCUUUUUUUUUUCAAAUAACUAAAAACCUUUUUACGAAAUACACAGUCAUUACGCUA